CACUCUAGUACCUCCCUGCCGCGCUGCGUCCCUUCCACUACUCCUGCUGCCUUGUCACCACUCUCUGAGACCGCUUCUGAAAGCUGCAGGACAACGAAGAUACCAGUCUGAUGUGGUAGAGUCUCACCCCAGAAGAACGGGUCCCUACGCGUGGCCUUUUCCUUUCCCCCUGCCAUUCGCAAUCAUGAUGAAGGAACUCGUGUCGCACAAUGCUCCCAAGCAGAUCAAGCACAUCCAAUUCGGAGUGCUGUCUCAGCAGGACAUUGUGAAUAUCUCAGAGCUAGAAUGUACCUCUCGCGAGCUCUACACGAUGGGGCAGACGGAGAGGAAACCUACUAAAGGAGGAGUGCUAGACCGGAGAUUGGGAGUACCAUCAAAAGCUGGCAAUUGCGAGACUUGUGGUCUGAAUCAGACUGAAUGUGUAGGUCACUACGGCUACGUCCGGCUGGUGCUGCCCGUCUUCCAUUGGGGAUUCUUCAAACACACAGUCGCCAUCCUCCAGGUCAUCUGCAAGACAUGUUCCUCCGUGCUACUCGACGAGUCAUCUCGGAGAAAGUACCUCAGACUGUUCCGGAGGCCGAAUCUCGAGAAUCUACAACGGACAACGACCUUCAAGGCUGUAAAUACAGCAGCUCGCAAAGUGCUGUACUGCCCCAAGUGCAAUGCACUCAAUGGAGUCGUGAAGAAGUCAGGCCCGCUCAAGAUCGUGCAUGAGAAGUUCAGGCAGAAGAAGCUCGCUGGUGAGAGGGAAGAAUUCCACAAGACCUUCUCGACUGCUGUCCAGAUGGCGGCGGGCACAGGCCCUGGAGACAUCAAACCUCACCUUCACAAAGCUCAAGAGGAUCUGAAUCCUCUCAUGGUACUGGAUCUCUUCAAGCGGAUUUCAGAUGAAGACUGCGAGCUGCUAGGUUUGAGACCAGAACAUGGGAGACCUGAAGAGUACAUCUGGCAAUACAUCUGUGUUCCGCCAGUGUGCAUUCGACCUACCGUAGAGCAAGACGGGGCCACAAAUGAAGAUGACCUCACAGUGAAACUCAGCGAGAUCAUCUUCACCAACACAGUCAUCAAAGCAGGUCUGAUGCGAUCAGGAAAAAGCUCUUCGACGACGUCACAACUGAUGGAGCAGUGGGAAUGGCUCCAGUUGACAGUAGCACUCUACAUCAAUUCAGAAAUGCCAGGUCAGCCUAUCAUGCCUGCGGCAAAGCCGCUGCGAGGCUUCUGUCAGCGACUGAAAGGAAAGCAAGGUCGUUUCCGUGGUAAUCUCUCUGGUAAGCGAGUCGACUUCUCCGGACGUACUGUCAUCUCUCCCGAUCCCAACCUGAAGGUUGAUGAAGUGGCUGUACCAGAAAGAGUAGCCAAGAUUCUGACGUAUCCCGAGAGAGUCCAUGCUAGCAACAUCGAGAGCCUCAGAGCUGCCGUACUCAAUGGUUGCGACGUGCAUCCUGGGGCCAAUUACGUCACCGACUGUGAGACAGGUAUGAAACGAUUCCUCAAAUUCGGAGGGUCCGUAGAGAUGGCAGCGCAAAAACUCAAGAUUGGUGACAUCGUCGAGCGACAUAUUCGCGAUGGCGACAUUGUGCUCUUCAAUCGACAGCCGUCGCUCCACAAGCUCUCCAUCAUGUCUCACCGCGCCAAGAUUAGGCCGUGGAGGACCUUCCGACUGAACGAGUGUGCUUGCAAUCCCUACAACGCCGAUUUCGACGGAGACGAGAUGAAUAUGCACGUACCCCAGACGGAGGAAGCUAGAACCGAAGCUACGAUCUUGAUGGGAGUGAAGCACAAUCUCGUCACUCCACGUAACGGCGAACCUCUGAUUGCUGCCAUCCAGGACUUCAUCACUGCCUCCUUCCUCAUCUCACGACGUGAUCGGUUCUACAACCGUUCUCAAUUCGCUCAAGUCUGCUCUUACUUUGCCGAUGCGAACCUGCACAUCGAUAUCCCACCACCGGCGAUCAUGAAGCCUCAGCAGCUUUGGACUGGAAAGCAGGUCUUCAGCUGCAUGAUCCGGCCCAACAAGAAUUCAAAGCACCUCGUUAAUCUCGAGGCGCAGUGCAGAACCUUUGAGAAGCCCACCAAUUCCAAGUACAUCAAAGACAUGAGUCCUAACGACGGCUAUCUAGUCAUUGUCAACUCAGAGGUGAUGUGUGGUGUAAUGGACAAGUCCACUGUGGGAGAUGGAAAGAAAAACAGUGUCUUUGGCGUUCUGCUCAGGGACUAUGGGCCAGACGCUGCCAUUCAGGCCAUGAACCGUCUUGCCAAGACAUGCGCUCGCUGGCUGGCCAAUCAAGGAUUCUCUCUUGGCAUCAACGAUGUGAUGCCUGGAGAAAGGCUUCGCAACACAAAGGAUAGCAAGGUCGAAGUUGCCUAUCGUGAAUGUCUCGACCUCAUUCAAAAGGCCAAGCUGGGCAAGCUGGACAACCUGCCCGGUUGCAACCAGGAGCAGACCCUCGAGAACAUGAUCUCCGGUGUGCUUAGUGGUGUCCGAAGUGACGUCGGAGAGAUCUGUAUGACGGAAUUGAGUCGACACAAUGCCCCGCUGAUCAUGGCAACCUGUGGAUCCAAGGGUUCUAAGAUCAAUGUUGCGCAGAUGGUCGCUUGUGUAGGACAACAGAUUAUCAGUGGAUCUCGAGUGCCAAACGGCUUCCAAGAUCGAUCUUUGCCACACUUUGCCAAGAAGUCGAAGGACCCUCCUGCCAAGGGAUUCGUGCGGAACAGUUUUUUCUCGGGUCUCACGCCCACUGAGUUCCUAUUUCACGCCAUCUCUGGCCGUGAAGGACUGGUCGAUACUGCAGUCAAGACUGCAGAGACUGGUUACAUGCAGAGGCGUUUGAUGAAGGCCCUGGAAGAUCUGUCGACGCACUACGACACUUCGGUGCGGAACUCAGUGGGCGGUGUCGUUCAAUUCACAUACGGAGAUGAUGGUCUCGACCCUGCUGAGCUAGAAGGCAACGCCCUCCCUGUCGAGUAUUACCGAUCGUGGCGACAUUCCAAGGCCGUCAACGAGUCGGUCGUCGGGCGUGGGUUGUUGCCUUACGAAGUUGCUGAGCUGGUCGAUGAGGUACUACAAAGCCACAAGUGGACGUCUGUUACCACUUCGAAGUACCGUGAGCAGGUGCGCGAGUUCUUGCAAGAACAGGUCAUCCAAAAAGCUGGAAAGAUCCGCGAAGCCUUCUCCUUAUACCCGGCUACUGAGCGAGAGGAUGAAUGGGAUGAGGAGACCGAUCUGACGAUGGGAGCGGACGCCGGUCAAAUUGCUGUGGUAGACAACAAGACGAAAGUCAAGAAGGCGGCCAUCGACACCUUCCUCGAUCUGUGCUACACAAAGUACUUGCGUGCCAAGAUUGAGCCAGGGUCCGCCGUCGGAGCCGUCGGCGCGCAGUCGAUUGGAGAGCCAGGUACCCAGAUGACACUCAAGACCUUCCACUUUGCCGGUGUCGCUUCCAUGAACGUCACACUGGGUGUGCCACGUAUCAAAGAGAUCAUCAAUGCAGCAAAGAACAUCAACACACCUAUCAUCGACGCCACUCUUGUCAACCACAAUGAGAGAGCUGCUCGUAUUGUCAAGGGCCGUAUCGAGAAGACGUAUUUGGGAGACGUCGCUGCUGUCAUCGAAGAGGCGUGGUCUUGGAACUACGUCUACCUCGGGGUACACAUUGACAUGAACGCCAUCCGCAAGCUGCAGCUGGAGGUCACUCUGGAUGAAAUCAAGUGGGCCAUAGUGCGAGCACCAAAGCUCAAGAUUCGCGAAGACAUGGUGAUGAUCGUACCUUCAAAGAAUCGUAUCCGAGUGUACAUCCAAGGCAAAGAAAAGGAGCUGUACUACAAUCUCAAGCUUCUGAAACGUCAGCUGCCUCGAGUCAUCAUCAAGGGUAUUCCCACUGCUGUUCGAGCAGUCAUCAACGAUGAGAAGGGAACUCGUAAGCUCCUUGUCGAAGGCUAUGGUCUCAAGGAGGUCAUGACAACGGACGGCAUCGUCGGUACGCGAACCCAUACCAAUCACGUCGACGAGAUGGCUCGAGUGCUGGGCAUUGAGGCUGCACGUACCUCGAUCUUCAAGGAAAUCGACUAUACCAUGUCUAGUCACGGUAUGUCGAUCGACCCUCGACACGUCAUGCUUCUGGCGGACGUGAUGACCUACAAGGGCGAGGUGCUGGGUAUCACUCGUUUCGGUGUCGCAAAGAUGAAGGACAGUGUCUUGAUGCUGGCCUCGUUCGAAAAGACGACAGACCAUCUCUUCGACGCUGCGCUGUACGGAAAGAUGGACUCUGUCGCUGGUGUCUCCGAGUCGAUCAUCAUGGGCGGCCCUUCCAGGGGCGUGGGCACUGGUAUGGUUACCCUGGUGAGCAGCAAGCCUGCUCUGCCGCAACCGAGGGCGUUGGUCUUCGACUGUUGAUCGCGGUGUCAUUUUGUCGCCUCCUUUUAUCUCUCCGGGCUUUCCCCCCUCACUUGUACUUUCUGCAUCACGUCGCUAUCCCUCUCCUACGACAAUUGACGACUUUGUACAGACG